ACUAUUUGGAGAUGCUAUAAACUUUCAAAACCUUCACAUCCGAAAAAAAGGUUCAAUCAAAGUAUCAAACUAUCGACGACUCUCGUGGUCUCCGACUGGCUGCCGCUCUCCGCAGUCCGCUACUAGUCUCACGGACUGUUUGUGUUGAAGUCACUUUAACACUUGAAAAUGGGUCCACCUCGAGUUCAAACGACAGUGGAGAGCCUCCCACGCGAAGUUUUGUCAGACAUAUUCUUCAGGUUGUUAGCAAAACAGCUUGCUAAAAUGCGGUGCGUCUGUAAACCUUGGAAUGCUCUCUUAUCUGAAGAUUCCUUCAUAAAAUCCCAUCUCCAUCAUUCUAUCCAUAACAAUGAUGAGAUUCUGUUGUUCUUCCCCUGUCGAUUGCAUUAUGGCUGUAGUUCAAUCACAGCACGCCCCACUCGCUCUCCCGAUCUCGAUCUGACCGAUUUCAUCAAACUCCCGGUUAAUCUCAAUUUUGUCAGAUUCCUGGUUAAUCUCGGGUAUGCCAUGGUUAUCGGAUCCGUGAAUGGCGUAAUAUGUGUUUACUACAAAUCAUAUCAUGAUGAUGGUUAUGCCGUUUACAUUUGGAACCCUUCUCUCUCCGCUCUAUUAACUCUCCCACCAUGUUCUUUGCCUUCCUGUAAUUCUCAUGAUAUUGAUUUCCGGUUUGGGUAUGAUCCGAGAACCGAUGAUUACAAAGUUGUUAAGAUAACAGGGGUUUCUGGAACAGUCAACAUGUUACUACCACAAGCUGAGGUUUAUAGCAUGAGAAAGGGUUCAUGGGACUCAGUCAAACAAAGGAUGGAAAUGUUUCCAUCGCAUGUCACAAGUAUCUUCAAUAGAGACAGAGUUUGUACAGAUGGCCAUGAUGGCCAUAUUCAUUGGCUUAGUUUUACCAAUUCUAAGAGGAAGCCAGAAACGAUAGUUGCAUUUGAUUUGGGUGCAGAGACAUUCAGUGAGAUACCUCUUCCAGAUUCUUUACUACAUCACAAUGUGUCUAGUCGCAUGAAUGUUUUAGGAGUUUUGACUGGAAAGCUUUGUGUGAUGUCAAGGGUUAGAGAUGGUGAAUGUGAGGUGUGGGUGAUGGAUGAGUAUGGGGUGGCUGAUUCAUGGGUCAAACAUCAUGUCUUUUCACAGUUUGAUGGUGGUGAUAUAAUGCCAUAUGGAUUUACAUCACGCAAUGAGUUUCUUUUUAGAUUUAAUGAUGAUGUUGAUCGUUAUGGUUUGUAUGAUCUAGUUACAGCCAAGACUAAAACCUUCAAGAUUCAUAGAACAUCUUAUGGAAGUAAAAUUGUUGAGAAUGUCGACAGUCUUGUUUGGAUAGCACCUUCCAAAUGAAGAGCCAUCAAUGAGAUGUUAUGUUUCUUGAUUAGUUUUCUGUCAAGUAUCAUUUUUUUUUGUGCAUUACUUCUACACUCUCUUUUGUCACUUGUUAGCAUGGUGUAUUAGUUUCGUUUCUGAAUUAAGAUGCUGGAUUUAUGGUUUGUUUUUAUUACUAUUCCAAUAAGUCAUUGAACAAUCGUGCAGGCUUUUGUUUC